AUGAAUGAGAAAAGAACCCCUACUAAAUUAGGUGUACAUCCACAUGGUUUAACUGCUAAACAUGAAGCAAGAGGUGAAAAAAGAAGAAGAUCAUUAAUGACAACCACUCCUUUAAUAAAUAAUAAAGAUGAUGGUUUAGUUUCACGUACUUCUCCAAGAAGAUCAAAUAUAGUAAAUUUAGAAAGUAUAAGGAAAUCAAAAUUAAAAAUUGAUAAACAAUAUAAAUUGGCAUUUGAUGAUCGUAUUAAUAAAACUCCAAAUUUACAAUUAGAUCAGAGUAGUCCAAUAAGUAUGGAAACUAUGAGUUCACCAAUUAAAAAAAGAACUAAAAUUGAAAUAGAAGAUGAUUAUGAAUGCGAAGAACCAAGGAAACCGAUGAAAUUAGAUUUCGAAGAAACAAAUGCCCUGGCUCAGGGUCAAAAAGAGGUUGAAGAGUAUGUGGAAGACAACAUGUCUAAUUCUGACGAUAAUUUUGAUUAUAAUGAAGAGUAUAAGAAGGUUAAUAAAUCGAAUCCUAUACAAAUUGAAUCAGAGGACGAUGUGGAAUUACAAGAUCAAAUUCAACAACCUACUCCAUCACGUAGCAAAGCUGAAUUAAUUACAUCGUCACCACAUUUUGAUCAAAGAGAACAUACUUCAACCAUACAUUCAAACUUACAAUCACCGAGUUUGAGAACUGAUCACUCACUUAAUUAUUUAUAUGAUUUCAAAAAUGACUUACAAGAGAGAUUAGACAACGUAAUUACAACAUUACAGCAUCAACUUCACGAUUACAAAACUACUGAGUCUGCACUUAGAGAUCAGUUAAGAGCAAAAGAUCGAGAGCUUUCAAAUUCAAAUAGCAAGUUGAAAAAGAAAAUUGUAGACUUGGAAGAAUACAUACAAGUGUUGAACAGUGAUAUACAGUUAGUCAAUGAUGAUAAUCAUUUACUCAAUGAUAAAACGACCUCAUUAAGGAAUGAAAAAAUUGAAUUAACUUUGAAAAUAGAUGAAAUUAUAAAAGAAACAGAAGAAUUUAAAAAUGAUAAAAAGAAAUUAAUGGAAGAAAAAGAUGAAUUACAAUUCAAGCUUGAAGAUUUAAAAACUUCCACUGUUUCAAUAAGCUCCUAUAACUCCCUCCGUGAUGAAUAUAAUACAUUAACAUCAGAAGUAGAUACAAUUAAUCAAGAAUUAGAUGAUAUAAAAUCAAAUUCAAUUCCGUUACAAGAAUAUCAAAAAUUAGAAUCUGAUUUAGCUGAUAAACAAGCAGAAUUGGAAAAAUUUCAACAGAAAAUAUAUGAAUCUAUAUCUUUGGAAGAAUAUGAACAUGUGAAAUCAGAAGUUGAAUCAUUGGAAUCUAGAUUGAAAGCUAAAGAAGAGGAUAUUUCAAAUUAUAGAUCUAAAAUGGAUGAGAUGUUGAAUGUGAUUGAAGUAUUAAAGUCUAAUAAUGAUAAAAUUACAAAAGAGAAAAGUGCAUUACUGAAACAACAAGAUUUAGAAGUUACUAAUCUUGCUAAAUAUUUACAUAAAGAAUAUGCUGAAAAACAUGCAAAGAAAUUAGGUGAAGUUAAACAUUAUUAUGAACUGGAAAAGAAUGAUUAUUUAAGAAAAAUAAAGAAUUAUGAACGUGAAAUUGCCUUGUUGAAAAAUAGUAUAUCUCAUGAAAAUAGUAGUUUUCAAAAAUAA